UGACAAUCAAUAUCAACAUGGUAGACGUUCCUGCUGAAGCUCCAGAACACUGUCCUGGUACAGAAAGUGAAGAUGCAGGCAAAGUUUCUGCAUGUGCCGGGUGCCCAAAUCAAAACUUAUGUUCAUCCGGUGCAACAAAACAAACAGAUCCUGGAUUAGCUCUCGUAACAGCAAAUCUUUCUUCAGUGAAGUACAAGAUUCUAGUCCUCUCAGGAAAAGGAGGAGUUGGAAAAAGUACAAUCACUUCGCUCAUUGCACGGACUUUAGCUGAUGAUAAUAUCGACAGAAACGUUUCAGUAUUAGAUAUAGAUAUCUGUGGACCUUCACAGCCGAGAGUUUUGGGAGUUCUGGGAGAACAAGUUCAUAUGAGUGGAUCAGGAUGGUCCCCUGUUUACGUAGAAGAUAAUUUGUCAGUAAUGUCCAUUGGAUUCAUACUUGAGAAGGAAAGCGAUGCAGUAAUUUGGCGAGGGCCAAAGAAAAAUGGCAUGAUACGACAGUUUCUUUCCGAAGUUGACUGGGGUAACUUAGAUUAUUUGAUUUUGGACACACCACCUGGUACAUCUGAUGAACAUUUAUCAGUUUCAACCUACCUAAAAGAAGUUGGUGUCACUGGUGCUAUUAUUGUAACAACGCCACAAGAAGUUGCCUUACUAGAUGUUAGGAAAGAAAUUGAUUUUUGCAAAAAGGUCAGCAUUCCUAUUUUAGGAAUCGUAGAAAAUAUGAGCAUUUUCGUCUGUCCUAAUUGCAAGACUUCUUCUGAAAUAUUUCCCGCAUUAACCGGUGGUGGACAAAAAUUAUCAGAAGAAUCAAAUAUCGAGUUUUUAGGGUCGCUACCCUUAGAUCCCCUAUUAGCGAGAUGCUGUGAUGAAGGAAAUAAUGUUUUAACCGAGUGUCCGAAUUCCCCAGUAAUACCUGCUCUGAAAUCAAUAGUACAGAAAAUAAUAAAAAAGUGUGAAGGAGAUAAGGAAAAUAGUUCAUGAAGGUGAAAAUGUGUGGCUUUUAAUUUAAGCGGCGAUUCUUUUCGCGAAAAUUUUGUUGAUUUUGUACAUUUCCUUGUCCGUGUAAAUUAUAGAUUUGGAUUCUUAUCCGAAGAAUAAUGAUAGAAGUAAUACACUGUAAUGUAAAAAAAUAAAUAUUCUGAUAUACAAGAAAA